AAGUUCUUGAAACAAAAUGGCGGUUUAGUAUUGGAGCAACAAUUAUCUUCUGGUGAUCAAGCUAAUGUUGAAAAAAUUAAGUUGUUCAAUUCAAGGGAGUUGGAGAAAGCCACGGACCACUUUAGCAUAGAUAGAAUUCUUGGUCAGGGAGGCCAAGGUACUGUUUACAAAGGAAUGUUGAUGGAUGGACAAAUUGUUGCUGUCAAAAAGUCUAAAAUAGUUAACGGAGGCGAAGUUCGACAAUUCAUUAAUGAAAUUGUGAUUCUUUCACAAAUUAACCACAGAAAUGUGGUUAAACUAUUGGGUUGUUGUUUGGAGACCGAAAUUCCCCUCUUGGUCUAUGAAUUUCUACCGAACGGAACACUUUCUCAGUACAUUCAUGACCAAGAUGAGGAGUUUCCUCUCACAUGGGGAACGCGAUUGCGAGUGUCUACCGAAGUUGCUGGAGCUCUUUCAUAUUUACACUCGGCAGCUUCUAUUCCUAUUUACCACCGGGACAUCAAGUCCACGAACAUACUCUUGGAUGCCAAGUAUAGAGCAAAAAUUGCAGAUUUUGGGACUUCCAUAUCCAUUUCCAUUAACCAGACACAUCUCACCACACAAGUACAUGGAACAUUUGGUUAUUUGGACCCAGAGUACUUUCAAUCAAGCCAAUUUACAGAAAAGAGUGAUGUUUACAGCUUCGGUGUGGUCCUUGCUGAGCUCUUGACCGGACAAAAACUAGUUAUUUCCAUGAUGAGGUCUCAAGAAAGUAGAAGCCUAGCAACUCAUUUUCUUCUUUCCAUGGAGUAGAAUCGUUUGUUUGAUAUUCUUGACGCUCAAGUUAAGAAAGAUGGUAGCAAAGAAGAAAUUAUAGCAGUUGCUAACCUUGCGCAAAGAUGCUUAAAUUUGAGUGGAAGGAAACGUCCUACUAUGAAAGAAGUAGCGGCGGAAUUGGAGGGAGUUCGAUUGGCAGUCAAAGAUACUGAUCAUGUUCAACAAAAUUUGGUAGAGGAAGGAGAUGUCGAAACUCAUGAAAUAACCACCGAGGCUUAUUGCGAUGUUGUUUCUACAUCACACGGUCCUUUUACAGAUGGUGGUACUGUAAGUUCUUCAUCUGAAGUACAACCACUAAUGUUUUACAAUACACAAUAGUAAUUCGAGGGAACAAAAUGCUGAAAUUGCAAAUCAAAUCAAUGAUGCCACUGUUGGAUUGAAGGCCAUCUAGAUGGCAAUCACGUUUUUCUUCCUUUACCUUUUAGCUAUUGCAGGCUAUACAUAUAGCGAGGCAAUUUAGUUUGAAUUAGAUUCACUGCAUAUUUAUUGCUUUCUCAUAUGCAUGGUGUAGUG